AUGCAGGAGGAGGCCAGCUGCGCUACUACGGCGCCUUCGCCCCAGCCGUCAGCCGCAACCACGACUACCUCCACCGCUGCGGCAGCCGUGCAGACGACAACCACGGCGACGACCGCAGCCUCGAACGUCGCGGCAGUUGACGUAUUCCCGAGUCCGCCCAGGAGUAGCCAGUCGAUCGUCUCGGCGCCCCAGCAGCAGACAGCCAGGAUCAUUGGUAGAAACGCCAACGGCACCGUGGUGCAAACGUCGGUGCCCCAAAACGAGGCUGAACUUCAGCUCUACCGAGUCAUGCAGCGGGCCUCCCUGCUCGGCUACUACGACACGCUUCUCGAAAUGGGAGGCGACGACGUGCAGCAGCUGUGCGACGCCGGUGAAGAGGAGUUCCUCGAGAUAAUGGCCCUCGUGGGCAUGGCCAGUAAACCCCUGCACGUGCGCAGGUUGCAAAAAGCUCUGCAGGAGUGGCUGACCAACCCCGCAAUGUUUCAGAGUCCCGUCCUGGUGCCACCGGGUUCCAGCGCCUCGAGCAACAGCCCCACGGUCGUGGCUAAAGCGACCCCGACUCUCGGCUUUCCCUGCAUCGGGGGCAGUUACGGUCCCAACGCGAGGCAACAGCAGCAGGUGAGCGUCCUCGGGAGUACCGCGGGCGGCAGUAUAAGCAGCGCCACGACGACCAACAAGCUGGUUCCGUCGCCCGCGUCGAGUCAAGCGGCUGCGGCCGUCCAACAGCUCCUCGGCCAAUUCACGAACGCGUCCAGCUGCUGCCCGCUGCAGAGGCACAAGAGCCUCAGUCCGCCCGUGCACCACGCGGCCGCCCUCAAUUACCCCGGAGGUUUGCCCCAGGCUGUCCCGACCGAGCUAGCUCCGAGUCCUGCCUCCUCCUUGGCGCAGCCGCUCUCCCACAGUCCCAGCGCACCACAAGCUGGAAUGAAUUACGAGUCGAGCUCCUGCGGUAGCCAGGGCACGAGCCCGAGCCCGGGGAGUAACUCGGCGUGCGGUACGGCGGCUCCCCCGAGUCCGACCCUCGGCUCGUUUCACACGACGCCCGUGCUGCUCGAGUGCCAGGUCCAGCGGUUGGCCGAGGCCGCCGAGAGGCUCGCCUCGACCCUGAGGCCCCUCAAUCCCAAGCCGCCCAGCACGGGCAUCAAAAAGAAGAUGUGCCGGAACCUCGAGAUGGUGAUGGCAAUGCCGGACAGCGAGCCACGUCGUAUGGAGGAGAUAAGGAAGUACGCGGCCAUUUACGGGCGAUUCGAUUGCAAGAGGAGACCGGAGAAGCCGCUCACUCUGCACGAGGUGUCGGUUAACGAGGCAGCCGCCCAAAUUUGCCGAUUCGUCCCUGCCCUACUCACGAGGAGGGACGAGCUGUUUCCGCUCGCGCGACGCGUCGUACGCGACUCUGGCCAUUAUUACACCAAAAAUUUGCUGUCCAGCACUUCUCUAAGAUCGUCUCGAGAGAACGGCGAUGGCGAUUUGUCGGGCGGCGACGAUUCGUCCUUGCCGGCCGGCGAAGAGGCCAACAAACGCCGAAGACUCAUCGAGGACGAUUCCAGUUUGGCUGCGGCCAACACCGGCGACCGAGACGGCUGUGUCGAGUCCAACCAGCAGCAGGCGGAAAUCACAAGAAUAAGGCUAUUUAAUUAUAGCCGAGCCGUAAACGCCGUUGAUUCGGAGGCUCAUUUGAUACAGCAGAUGCAGCAAAAUCGUCAUCGCAAACGACAGCGACGGCGUCGGAUUUCAAAACUUGGUCGCAAAUCAGUAUCGAGGCUCGGAAGCUUGACCAUCAGUCCAGUGUGGCAGUCUUGCAGUGACAACAGCAAUCUCGUUCUCGACGAAGUAGUCGGGGGACUCGAUCACCACUCGGAUGGUUGUUAUUCAUCCUUUGAUGACGAGUGGGACGACGGCUGUGGUGAUUUCGAUACCGACGAUGCUGCGGGAAAUGACACCGACGAGCACCCCUCGUCACAAAUCAUGCACGACCAACAAUCAAACGUGAUGCAAGAGAACGAUGCGUCGUCUAUUGUGGACAAGGAAAACGAUUUCAAUCUAAAGGUGAUAGCAUCUUGUGGAGAUAAUAUUAUAGCAGUUGCUAAUCCAGCUCUGAUGAACCACAACCUGCCGACAACGAUGACGAAAGAACAAUCGAUCAAAGAGGAAAUUAUACUGCGCGACAGAAGAGACUGA